GGAUCAUAUUUAUAAAUCGUGGUUAAAAGUCCCAAAACUAAAAUUGUAUGGUUAUUGAGUUGACUUUCCCGUUGAUGAACAAGGCACCAAGUUACUCCUUUUUCAACGACCGUCACGUUUUUAACCGAUUUGAUUCAACAUUACAAAAUAAUGGCAAGGCCAAGUAUGCUUGAACCAACAAUCCUAACAACUUUAAAGUUCAAGUUUUGAUGUAUAUGUAUAUAUAUGUGUGUGUGUUAAUCGUGUUUAAAGUAAUAUGGGUAGCACUAAUUAACCUAAUCGAUAUAUCUACGCCCUUAGACGAAAUAAGAACUAAACCUGAAGGUUUGAAAUUGAAGGAAGUGUUUUUAAAACUCUCUCUACAAAGUGAUCAAACUGACAACCAGGAAAGCUAGCUCAAUUGCAUCAAUACUAGGCUGAAUAAAGACCCUGCAGUGGCAUUUAACUAGAAUUAAAUUCACUCAAAACUAACUCGAAUUUGCAUCUCUCCUACACAAAGACCAAGCAACAGUUUCCAAAGCACAGUAACUGAAAAGAGGGAUAUUUCCUCCCACGUUUUCUGAUGAACUGCCAUGAUAAAACCACAGCUAUUUUUCAUAUCCAUUCAGAACUUGUUUGUAAUUGGUUGACAGGCAUUAAAUCCCGUAGGAUCAACAACAGCUCACCAAAUUAUGACCUGAAACUAACCGCUGAUUAGUUGCUAUGACAGGUGUGCGUGGGUGAUCGACCAAAUUAGAAUGUGCAAUGCGGCAGGCGGGUAAAAUCCCUGAAGGCGUUUGGCUAAAGGUUUCUUGAAUUAAACGUUGUUGUAGGUCUGUUUUAUGCUGGGUGAACUUCAAGAUACUGAGACGGUUCUGCCACUUGCUAAACACUUGGGCUAAGCGAGAAAGUAAUUGUGAUCAUUUACAAGCUAUGCGUGUACUUUCAGUACCCAUUCCACAAAACUUUUACAACCGCCCCACAUAUUUCAGACAGAAAAAAAAGGUAAAAUCCUCGGAACAGCGUAUAAACGGCGCCCUCUCUUGAUUCCUUUCGACUAUGCGCUAAGCAUUGUUGACCGGAUCUGGACGGAGGUCAUAGUCGAAAUGUACAUGUACGUGUGCAUGCAUUGCUAUGCACGUGUGCUGCUGCCGUGAUGAAAAACAUGACAAUGAAGGAUUCGUAGAUUUAAGGUUUUUCUGUCCAGAGAAAAUGACGAACGUCAAUCAUAUUUUUAAGAUCCUGUUUGCCUUGCUGUCUGCUGCUGUUGUUCUGUUCAUCAUUAUUUAUUCACAAAAUAGAAGCACACCUCUUACACCAGCCCGUAAUGACGCAGAGACUACUGGGCAGAAUGUACCACUCACGAAUUAUGGACCACUGUCCAAUUGCAGUCUGGCCGACAUCAAGAAGAGGCCAGGUGUGGUCAUGCUGACCACUGCAAACCUGGCCUUUGUGGACUUUGUGCUCAACAUGCUGGCAAGUGUCAGACGGGCGGGAGUAUGCAUCAACACUACGGUCAUUGCGGAGGACCAGACAGCUUACAAGGUGUUGCACAAAUACGCCAUGGGGGACCCAGCAGUGCAUGUGCGGAAGACGACGUCAGGAGAGAUGGACGCGAUAGAGCACUCACGCCAUACUGUAACCCAGUACUACGGGAUUAUGAAUAAACGCCAGGCAUACAUUUUGGCUUUGUUGGAGCAAGGUCUUGAGAUUUUGUUCACCAACUCUGACACAUUUUGGUUCAGAAAUCCGUUUCCUUAUUUUGAAGGCAACUUUGACAUGUUCAUGAGGGGUACACGGAGCCACUACCCGACGAGACGAGUCAAAGAGACAAGAUUCUGUUCCGGGUUCAUAUACCUGAAACCAACCAACGCGACCGUGAAGUUUAUGAGGGAGUGGGUAAAGAUCAUGGACAGCAACAAGAAAUGGGGGAACUACAAACCUGAUCAGUCAGUGAUGAUCAGGUUGCUUCAGGCCGACAAGCCCAAGCAUGUCAACGUCAAGAUGCUGGACCCAAACCUAUUCCCCUGGGGACCGGAAUUUUUCAACCCUUCAUGGCCGAGGAAAAACCACUCGACUGUGGUCAUGCACGCUGCCAGCAUUCACGGGCAUGCCAACAAACUGACGAAGUUCCAGGAGUAUGGCAUUUGGUUGGUUGAUGUCACAAAUUUGGCCGAAGAUCUCGGCAAAGUCGGACAUAUGUACGCUUUUGUGCUUUCAUUAGUUUUUUUCCUGCUCUUCACUGCUGCUUUAUGUCUAGGGUCCCAUGCGGGGUAUAAACUAGUUCCGUACUACAAAUACUGACAUUGUCUAUAGUGGUGAAAAUAAAUCAAACUUAUUUUACUAUUCGGAAUUAACCUCUGAGGAAGUCAGCACUGUAAAUGUUAAACUUCUACACUUGACCACGCUUUACAAAUGAUUUAUUUCAACAUUAAAUGUUCCAAGACGUUCAUUUGUUUGUAUAUUUUGAAGCGAUUUAAUAUGCUACUACAAUGCCGAAUUUGCAAGGCUUAUUUGUGUGCAACAAAAUCAAGAAGUACUUUCUUAAAGAAAGAAUUAAAUAAGUGUGUGUAAAUUAACAGGGUGUGAGGUUUGAGGGAAAAUGAAAUAUCAACCAAAAGGGUCACCAGAGGGCUUGAGCGCCCCACAGCAGCGUAGGAUCUAUGGUAUACAUUGUGUUUGCCUGAGGGCAACCAUUCAAAUGGCCAUGCCUUGUGUUAUCAUUUUUUUUUACAUAAAAACACCUAAAUGGUCAACUCAGGAGUUUCCAGUUUUUGAAGGGGAUUGUUUGAAAAAGCCUGAAAUUAAGAAAGCGCUGAUUAACAUAUCCUGAAAGCAGAAAAAAAACCUUACAAUUCUCACGCAGCUUAGUACUUAAGGGAGACGGAGAAGCAUAGCACUUUUGGCUGACAAAAUGUCAACAGCAGAGGGAGUGGGUUACGUGCAGUUCAGAGGCAUUGUCAUGGAGACUGGCUAUUUGUAUGCCCGUUCCUCUUAGUUUUCUUUCCCUUUUUCUGAAAUAAUUUUUCUUUUUUUAAUUUACCCCGGGAGGGGGGGAGCCACCCAAAGCCUAUGUCUGCAGGAAGAAAUGUUUCUAGAGAGCAGAACUGGUACCAGAUUUCAGUAGAUAAUUACAAGGGGGAAGGUUUAAGAUAUCACUUGAGUGACCAUCCUGCACAUGCUCAAAACUGGUUCAGCAUAGUAUUCUUCCCUACUCUCUCUUAUCCUUGAUAGGAUGACUUGCAUGUAAUACAUUUAUAUAUUCAUCAUACAGUGAUGCAAAAGUACCAUGUGCAAUUGUAUGUUUUGGGGGUACUUGUAGAUAGCAAAACGUAAUGCAGUGUUUCUUGUGUGCCGUUGACAGGGUACGCGAUUUUUCAGUUGUGCUAUUUUAAUGACAUAUGAAGCAAGAUAUGGAACGGAGAGCACCCUCCCACCUUUGUCUUGGUCAUUGUUUGAUCAGAAUCUCAGGAAUUCUUUACAGACAUCUGGAGGAUAUGUUAGGUAACUGUUCUCUAGGGUGUGUAUAGGGAUUUGACGUGUGGGGGUACCCCUCCGUCCCAUAUCUUGCUGGGAAUAGUUAAUAAAGGACCUUUUUGGUUUUAUAUUUUUAUGUUAAUGUGAAUUUGUAUACUGAACAAACUUGUAUGUCAUCUACUCCUAAGGCAGAAACUUCAGUGUUUCAGCUAUUCUGGUACUAAAAUUUCCCAGAAAUUGGGACAUUUUGAUGUUUCUUUUGUGAUUUGUCAUGUAAGUGGAACAAAUUGUGACAGUAGGCCAGUGAGUAAAGUAUUUCAGUGAGAAAAUUCUGGAUUUACAAUUUGAACAGAAGAGCCUCAUAAUGAACAAUGUCUUCCUUUGAUGACAUCACAACACUGCCCUCUUUUGUUAGCAAAACAUGGACAAUUAUGUUUUUAAAAAGUGCACUUUUCCAUGAGUAACCAAAACGUUACUCGAAAUGCACCUGUAAACUUCAGAUCAUGAACCUUGUAAUAGCUAUAACGCAACCAGGAAUUAGCUGAUCUUUGAAACAGCAAAUAAUUGAAAUUUGCAUAAAUCUUUCUGAGACUGUCUCUUCAUACAUGUACAUCCUAGGUUUAACAAGUAAUAUUUACCUUUACAUAAUGUCUGCAUUUACAUCCCACUAAUGUACAAAUUUAGUACAUGUAUAGGGUGUAGAAAUCAAGAGUCUGUUCACUUAAAUCCUUUUAUAUUCCAAUGUUAUUGCGCUGCAGUGCGUUAAUAAAUAAUGACUUUUUUAAGCAACCAUGCCGAAGACUUGUGAAACUUUGA